AAUGAUUUCCACCAUUAACUUCACCCAUCACUACUACUAGACAACAUCAUUAACACUAACCCACAACUUGUCUCUUUCUUCUUCACACCUUGCAAACCUAAAAAAAGUGCCCACAGAGAGAGUUUUUAGAGCAUGAAGUUGAAACCAUAGCUAGCUAUUUGUCCAACCGGGAAUUAUAUGGCCUCUGUUUGGAUUUUAUCAUAAACCUAGCUGAUAAUGUUUUUUCUCAGAUUCUUCUCUUUUUUCUCUUCAUGGAAUUACCACAACAGAAAUCAUUUUAGUGGUGCUUGGCGUUGCUUGCUGGCUGUGAUUAUAUAUGGAGACGAUGGAAUCCUGUGUCCCGCCGGGUUUUAGGUUCCAUCCAACCGAUGAAGAGCUAGUUGGAUAUUAUCUGAAGAAGAAAAUUGCUUGCCAGAAGAUAGAUCUUGAUGUUAUUAGAGAUAUCGAUCUAUACAGAAUUGAACCAUGGGAUCUUAUAGAUCGAUGUAGAAUUGGGUAUGAGGAGCAGAGUGAGUGGUACUUUUUUAGCCACAAAGAUAAGAAGUAUCCAACUGGAACAAGAACAAAUAGGGCAACUAUGGCUGGAUUCUGGAAAGCAACCGGACGCGACAAGGCAGUGUAUGAAAAAAUGAGGCUCAUAGGUAUGAGAAAGACUCUUGUUUUCUACAAGGGAAGGGCACCAAAUGGACAAAAAACUGAUUGGAUCAUGCACGAGUACCGGCUUGAAUCCGAUGAGAAUGGACCUCCACAGGAAGAAGGAUGGGUAGUUUGCCGGGCAUUUAAGAAACGAACGACCACCACCAACCAAAUGAAAACAAGUGAAGGAUGGGAGUCAUCGUCAUCAAAUUACUUUUAUGAUGAAACAAGUGGAGUCAGUUCAAUAGUAGAACCUUCUGUCGAUUAUAUAUCAAGAAAUCGUCGACAACAAAAUUUCAUGUGUAAGCAAGAAACUGCAACUGAAGUCGAAAACUUGAAUUUCUUAAACUCUGAUCAUUUUGUACAGCUUCCUCAGUUAGAAAGUCCAUCACUUCCCUUGCUUAAGAGGCCAAACUUUAUGUCACUGGUAUCGGAGAAUAGCGAUGAUUAUAAUCCUCUUCAUCAUCAAGAGCAGCAACAGCAGCAGCAGCAGCAGCAACACCAACAACAGGUUUCUGCCAUAUUAGGGUUUAACAAUACUGAUAUGAUGAACAUGGAACAGGUUGCAAGAUUAGGAUAUAAUGGUAGUAGUAAUAAUAUGAUGGACAUGGAGCAGAAUGUUACGAGUAGUGACUGGAGAGCCCUUGAUAAGUUUGUAGCAUCUCAGUUGAUGAGUCAAGGAGAUGGAUUUGAUCAUAAUGUUGAAGGGCUUUCGAACUUUAUCGUGGACCAUCAACAACAACAACAAUAUCAUGUUUCUAAUAAUAGUAAUUCAGAUAAUAUGAUGAGCUUGCUAUUAAUGCAAAGUGGUACUGGAAAGGAGGAAGUGAUGAAUCACAGUAUGUUGAAGAACGGGUUUUUAAGUAGUACUUCAUCAGUUUCGCUUGGUGAUAAUAUGGGUUUUUGCAUAUUUGAGAAAUGAUCAGUUGUCAUGAUUUUGAGUGGGUUGCAUGAGAUGUUAUAUUUUGAUGCUA